AUGGUUGAUCCAGUUGGGACUCCGCUGGCGGUGUUGUCAACUGUCGAGCUUUGUAUCAAGCAUGGGAAUAGGCUCGUCGAUAAAUAUCGAGCCUUCAAGCGCGCCGAUCGUGAAAUCCUAGAGUUAAUCCUCUGCGUUGAAGACCACUGGAUCAAGUUCGAAUACCAGAUCCAAUUUCUCCAGAGUGUAUGGAACAGCCUCGACGAGAGGCUUCAACUACAUCAACACCAUCUUCUCCAACAUCUGCAUUUCAAGCUUCAAGAAGCCAACGACUUGCUCGACAGCACCAUCGGGCCCCAAGCAGAUAAGAGCUCCAUCGAUGCGGUGAUUAGGAAGAAGGGUGGUAUCCGUGCGUGGAAGUAUGCAUUAACUCUGGAAGAUUGCCUCAGUCGCUCGGUGAAAGACCUCAAGAAGUGGCACGACAUGUUCGACCCGUCGUGGUUUCUCAUCACCCGCGUUUCCAGCCAAACCAUUGACAACCAACUGAGGGACCGGCCAACGGACGAUCGUAGUUCUCUCUCAACACUGAAGGGUUUGAGAGAAGUAGUCAAGGCAGCACAGUCUGAGUCUGUGUCGGGAAACAGCAAUUCGAUCUGGCUCACAUCUGAUAGCCUCGCGUAUAAGCGAGAUGAAAUCCCCUUCUCGACUGCUCAGGUCGCCGAGACCCAGGCUGACUCGCAGCGUGUGCUCGUGGACACGAUUGCUCUACAUCCCGAAGCUGACCUUAACAGGACGACAAAAGAGGUUCGAGACUUGGCCAGGAUCCUCUCAAAAUCGGACCCGCUGGUAUUCGGCUUGUUACAGUGCCUGGGAGUCACGAAGAGAGCCGGAAUCCCGGGAAGCGGGCAACUUGAGACAUUCGAAUUGGUCUUCUCGAUCCCCAGUGGUCUCCGCGAUCCGACUUCGUUGCGGACUCUAUUGCUUCAGAAUGAAUGGGACUACUCGUUGAAUGAGCGACUCGUCCUGGCCCGUUCACUCGCCUCGUCAGUGAUGUACAUCCACUCAUCCAAAUUCGUGCACAAGAACAUCAGGCCCGAGACCACGAUCGUGUUCCGCCGCGAUGACUCUCCAUUUGCCGCACCAUUUUUGGUAGGAUUUGAAAAAUUCCGUCCUUUUGAUGGGCACACGUUCCGCCAGGGAGACCUGUGCUGGGAAAAAAACCUCUACCGCCACCCACUUCGGCAGGGUCUCCAGCCCGAGGAUGACUAUGUGAUGCAACAUGACAUCUAUAGCCUCGGAGUGAUGCUGCUGGAAAUCGGGUUGUGGACGUCUCUAGUCCAGCGGCACGACGACGGUCUGCUCGUGCCCAGUCCCGUGCUCGACAUAGGGAGCGUCCAGGCAGAGCGUAACCAGCGCAAGAAGGCAGCCAUGGUGAAACGCACCCUGAUUGAUCUGGCGUCGACGCGGCUGGCGAGCCGUAUGGGCAACAAGUUCAUGAGCAUUGCCCUCGCCUGUCUGACGUGCCUGGAUAGGACAGACAAUGGCUUUGGCGAUGAAGACGAGUUUCUGGACGAAGACGGCAUCGUGGUGGGAGUUCGGUACAUUGAGAAGGUGAACAACCACGGCAACUCAAUUCACUGUACCCUUGGCUAA